GGGACUUAGGUGGCCUCCACCUCACCUACAACUGCCAAAAGUGGUCAUGGGGUUAUUUUUAACCCCGGAGAAGAGGUAUUUAUUGUUCCACAGCAGAGGGGGGCCCAGCAGGCUCGGAUUAUCCAGAGGCAGCAGCCAGCUCCAGACACCAUGGCACCAAAGAAAGCCAAGAAGAGGCUAGAGGGCGGGAGCUCCAACGUGUUCUCUAUGUUUGAGCAGACCCAGAUCCAGGAGUUUAAGGAGGCCUUCACAAUCAUGGACCAGAACAGAGAUGGCUUCAUUGACAAGAAUGACUUGAGGGACACAUUUGCUGCCCUAGGACGCGUGAACGUGAAAAAUGAAGAGAUUGAUGAAAUGAUCAAAGAGGCUCCAGGUCCAAUUAACUUCACUGUGUUCCUUACAAUGUUUGGGGAGAAACUUAAAGGGGCAGACCCGGAGGAGACUAUUCUCAAUGCAUUCAAGGUGUUUGACCCGGAAGGCAAGGGAUCGUUGAAGGCUGACUAUGUCCGGGAGAUGCUGACUACACAAGCAGAGCGGUUCUCCAAAGAGGAGAUUGACCAGAUGUUCGCAGCCUUUCCCCCUGACGUCACCGGCAAUCUAGAUUACAAGAAUUUAGUCCACAUCAUCACCCACGGAGAAGAGAAGGACUGAGCUUGGAGCCGCAACCUCGGGGGACCCACUGGCUGUCUACCUCCAGCCCCUGCUGCCCCAGCCUGCAGGUGUGCGUCAUCCUAAGGCCAUGUGUGCAAAUAAACAGGAAGUCUUGGAUCUAG